AUUUAGAGUUCCUUCAUAAUUGACAUUCUCGAAGUGUCAACAGCUCCGACAAAUAUCUUACAAGAUCAAGUUAAAAAUGUCUAAAGAAUCGAAGUCAUACAAAUAUUUCGAUACUCCCGAUGGAGAGAACGUGUUCAAGAAGCUAGUCUGCGUUUUGAAGCCAACAUUCCUGUCAGCUUUGGGCGUGUCGACUGCCGACGUAUUCUUGUACUCCCAUCCGAAGGGUUACGCCAAAAUAUUAUCCAGGUAUGCUUUUAUCGGUCUGCCCAUGAUAGGAAUAGCCACUACAUUCGUCCUGGCCACCAAUAUGUGUGCAAAACUCACCAAGCAAGACAGCAUGUGGAACUGGGCUGUCGGAGGACUAGCUGCUGGCAGUCUCGUUGGCGUCUGGGCCAGACACCCAAUGAUGGGCUUCAACACGGCCCUAACUUUUGCAAUCUCGGGAGCUAUUAGAAAGAAUUUCGAUCAAAAUAAAUGGCAUGUCUUUUAUCCCGAUGAUAUGCCCAUCGCAUAUGGAACUGUCUGGAGCGUACACCAGGAUUGGACUCUGAUGCCUGACACCAGACCCAAAGGUUGGACCACUGCCCCUCAGGAACAAGAAUAAAUUUUGUAAAUGAUAUUAAUGAGUAUUAAUAAAACUGCAUAAUUUCGUC